CUCAGUCAGCGGAUUCGUGACGUCUGGCUUUUCUUCUUACGUCUUUUUUGUCGAGAUUUUGUGGUUUUGAUACUCGAUUCUCUCUGAGAAGUCAAAUCGCCGUGUUCGGUUGUCGUGAAUCAGUUUAGUUGUGUGGCCUCACCACUGCGCUCAAAUAGCCAUGGCGCCGCCCUUCUCAGCAACUCUCACUCGGAUUCGGCAUCUCCACGCCAACAAUGUCAGAACACUACGAACCUCUCCCCUCGCAGAGAUCUCAGGAUCUCUCGGUGAUCUAGGCACCCUCCUUCCACUGAUGAUUGCACUAGCAGUCAACAACUCCAUUUCCCUUUCCACGACUCUCGUCUUUUCCGGCCUCUGGAAUAUUCUCACGGGAGUCUUCUUCGGAAUCCCACUUCCUGUGCAACCCAUGAAAGUUUGUGCAUUCAAAUUACCUUCAAAAAGUUACACAUCCAUUUUCCCGACCAGGUCAGCUGAUCAAAAUAGGCCAUCGCUGCUGUAGCAAUAGCACGGAAAUUCUCCAUUGAAGAAACUGUCUCUGCAGGCUUCACAACGGCAGGAGUUGUGUUUCUUUUCAGUAUCACGGGACUUUUACGAUGGUUUACUCGUGUGAUACCAACACCAGUUGUGAAAGGCAUCCAAGUUGGUGCAGGUCUGAGUCUCGUCAUCUCAGCAGGAACCAGUUUGUUAAAACCACUUGGUUGGACCACGCCCAAUGCAGGAGAUAACCUACUAUGGGCCAUCUUCGCGUUCGUCGCCCUUCUCACUACCCAAAAGCUUCCACGAGUACCCUACGCGCUCCUCAUUUUCAUCCUGGGUCUUGUGAUAUCGGUAUUCAUCACAGGGUCCCAUCACCUCCCCUCCUUCCACAUCUGGCACCCAUCACCAUUCAUCCCCUCAUGGUUUGCUUUCACUAGGGGCGCUCUAAAUGCAGGAAUUGGUCAGAUCCCUCUCACAGCCCUGAACUCCGUCAUCGCAGUCUCCUACCUCUCCUCAGAUCUCCUCCCUCAGAUCCCCGCUCCAGGCGUGACAUCCAUCGGCUUAAGCGUCGCAUUGAUGAACCUGAUAGGCGGUUGGUUCGGCGCCAUGCCCGUCUGUCACGGAUCUGGCGGUUUGGCAGCUCAAUACCGAUUCGGGGCUCGGAGUGGAGCUAGUAUCAUCCUUCUCGGUAUCUUUAAGAUGCUUCUUGGUCUCCUGUUUGGAGAGACGCUUGUUAGUCUUUUACGCGGGUACCCUAAAGCGUUACUUGGUGUUAUGGUCCUAGCCGCUGGCCUCGAACUUGCGAAAGUUGGCGAGAGUUUGAAUUAUGGAGCGAGAGAUCUAUGGGAGGUUGCAGAGAAUAGUCAGGGACGGAAGAAACAGAGAAAAGUGGGAGAGAAUGAAAGGAUGGAGAGGUGGACCGUGAUGUUUAUGACUGUUGGGGGAUUACUUGCGUUUAAGAAUGAUGGGGUGGGUUUUUUGGCGGGGAUGUUGUGUCAUCUUACUUAUCGUUCGGAGGAUUUGUGGGCGAGUUUUGCGCGUUUUUGGAGGAGGAGGAGGAGAGGUAGAAUGACGGAUGGAGAGAGACAGUCAUUGCUGGGUAGGCGUUGAGUGCGUCCAUUUUACUAAUCUAGGAUAAUCGUAGUAAAUGUACCCUGUAUUUACGUACUUAGUAUACCUUUGCAUGUCAAAAUCCAGCUAAAAGAUUAUUCGUAUCUCAAUUUAGCAG